GCAAACACCCAUGCAGCUCCCCCCCCUCCCUCCCGUGGUGGACAGACAGUCUCUCAAUGGACGGCGAGGCUGUUUGAUCUGAAAACAUAAUCACAGUUAUCAGAGCGCCUAUAGAUGCGCUAAAUAGAAAAAAGGAUUAACACCGCUGCAGGGUGGAGGUGAACUAUGAUCGGCGGUAAACGCGCAAAGGAAAACGGAGAUCUGGAUCAACAUAAUCCAUCUGGACCUGAGGGGCGGUGGAGAAGAUGAGGACUGCGAUGGCUCCGAAGAUGAAAACAGAAAUAUUCCUAUUUGUGCACUGGGUGCUCCAGUAUGUUCUGUGCCGUGAGGUCGCCCUUCCCAAUGGACCCCUUUACCGUGUUGCUGGGUUCCCUCUCUCCAUCCCAUGUCAUGUGUCCGGAUAUGAAGGGUCGCGUACCCAGGAGUUUGAGUGGUUCCUCUACAGGGAAGAUUCCGGUGGAAGGCAGAUGGGAGUGGUGUCCACCAGAGAUAAAGGUUUCCCUUAUACCCCUUUCCAGGCCAGAGUGAGGAACGGGGAGGUCAGGGUGGAAAGGGAUUCUGGGGAUAAGGUCCGACUGGUGAUCCAGAGGCUUCGGGUCGAAGACCAAGGAAAAUAUGAGUGUUAUACACCAAGCACGGACACUACCUACCAGGGAAAUUACAGUGGCUCAGUUACUGUCAAAGUGAUUCCAGACUCUCUCCAAAUCAGCUAUACUCGCUCCCUAACCAGCCAGCCUGUUCCAGAAGGAGCUGAAUUAACUUUGACAUGCUCGUCCAGCAUCCGGUCUGAGCAGCUCACCCAUCUGUCCAUCACGUUCGGAAAGCGUGACGGAGGAGAGCGUUCAGACAGCGGAGCUGGAGGCGAAGUCAGCACCAUAAGAGAGAUCAUCUCCAUCGACAGGCUUCUGGGUGUUGUUCCAGGACGGUUCUACAAGAAACGCUACGAUGAUGGAGAGAUCACACUGGAGAAGAGGAACGGAGAGGGCGGACAGGGGUUGUACGUGAUGAAGAUGAAGGCCGUGCAGCCUGAUGAUGCUGGGUCGUACUUCUGUGAGGCCUCGCAAUGGAUCCGGGACCCUGAUCGCACAUGGCAGAGGAUCGCUCAAAGAACCCUGGAUAUCGGCAACUUAACAGUUCAGCCACUAGCGGAGUCUCUGGGUGUAACAUCCUCGCCCAGAGGGGAGGUGACCCUUCAAGUUGGUUCCCCUCUCAUCCUGACCUGUGAGGUGUUGGGUCUGGCAUCUGAAGUGAACUCAGGUCUGUUGGUGCAGUGGAUGAAAAGGGGAUCUGUCAGUGGAGAUAUAGCUGGAACCGGAGGAGUAGAGGUUGAAGUUGCUCGAAUGAGCCCGGAUGGUGUCGUAAGCUGGGGAGAUGACCUCAGCAGAGCCAGUGGUGGCUCCAUGGAGAAAGUAUCAGAGGGGAAGUACUCUUUGAAGCUCUUCUCAGUCCGACCUGCAGACUCUGGGGUGUACCGCUGUGUGGUCAGUGUGUAUGCUGGCAGGAAAAACCCCAGCCCUUCUACGCCUGCAACACUCACCCAAAGAUCAGAUGGAGUCACAGUCAACCUGAAGAUCAAAGAAGUUUUGGUUUCAGCUGUGGCUCAGCUCCCCCGUGGCCCCCUGCUGAAAAGAGGCAGUACCGUCACCCUAAUCUGCAACACCACUGUGACGACCACAGGUCCAGUGCAGGUUCAGGUGCAGUGGCUGCGUUGGCCGAUGCCUAAACCAGUCAACCCCAGGAAACCUGGGGGAGUUCAGUUGGACUCUGGAGCUGUAACACCACCCAUGCUCAUUGCUGCUCUAAUGUAUGACGGUGUAGCAAAUAUCUACGUCAACGACAGUGAGAUCAGCAUUGACCGGCUGUCUGCCAUCAGCUACAGACUGAGAAUCCACAUGGUAACGGUGGAGGACCAGGGCUUGUAUGGGUGUCGUGCUGAAGUGUGGGGGCAGGACCAGCAUGGAGGCUGGUACAGCACUGGAGCCAAAGCAGAGUCAAACGCAGUGAAUGUUUACCUGUAUGCCAGAGCUGCAGACCUCCUCCUCAUCCCGCUGGUGGUAGGAAUCUCAUCAGCCUUGUUUGUCGGCAUCCUCAUUAUUGCAACGGUAACCUGCUGCUUUAUGAAGCGACUAGCAAGACAGAGAGCUCCUAAAUAAGGGUCAAAGUGGGCAGCAGCUUUUUAGUGACUGCUCUUUGUUUACUGGGAGCUACUGUCGAGAUUACAGCGGUGGAAAACGGCCACCCCACUCCAAACUGACUUGAAAACUAAAUUAAAGACUUUGGCGUCUUUUAUCUCAGUGUUCUGUGUUUGGACGUUUUUGUUUUGCAAUCCAUGCCAAAACAUUUAUUUUUUUACAUUCGCUCAAUGUUUAGUACUAUGUUGUGCACCAAUAGCAGGUUAGAACCGUAGAUUUUUCUGCCUCACUUUGCAAGUGGAUUUGAUAGCUGUUUUCAUGUUAUCCAUAACCACAUUUUUAGUGCUAUUCUUGUUUUUUUUUUUUUUUUUUUGCAAAAUAAAUAAGGGGUUGUAAAGAUAAUUGAAAUCAAUGCAGGUUUUAGUGAAGUUAUUCUUUCUGUAGAAGAUUGUCAGAUGUUAAGUAGCCAUGCUGCUCAACUCAUCAGAUUAUUUUUAUAUAAUGCUGGAUAUGUAGGUCAUUAUAUGUUCACCAUUGGUGCAGCGUUUUUUGUGGAUAAAAGCAGUUAUGUUUUCAGGUUGCUUUUCAUUCAAGCUACACGUUUUGUUUUGAAUACAAGACUCCACAAUGUACAAAAGGUAUGUGCAUGGCUUUAGGUGCUAACUGGCAGUCAGGUGAAUGCUGAUUGAAGCUGUUUUGCCAGUUUCUUAUCUUUAGCCCAGAGCAGGUCUGCAAGUAAACAAAGCCUAUGCUGGUGAGUUACUGUCCUAUGGAAACCAGUCCAGUUGAUGGUUGCUUUCUGUUGUCAAUUUUGUAAAACAGAACUGAUGUGUUUAAAAUGUUAUAUUUUAUCAAUUUGAAUGCGAUAAAUGAAAAUGCCCUCGACACUGAGCUAAAAUAUGUUCAAAUGUGGCUGAAAUUCCAUAUUAAUUGACUUAAUGUAAGACUUUGCUGCAGCACAAUAUUUCUAUGUAAAGCACCAUUGAUUAGCAUGCUGCAGCAGUCUGCUCCUUUUAAGCACUUGGAUGAAAAUGAGUCUGGGACCAAAGCCCAUUGGUAUCCUUUACUCUGUAAUCUUCCAGCCAAAAAGCCAUUCAUGUGCUUUUUUUUUUUUUUUUUUACUUGUUUUGGGGGUUAUGGCUUCUGACAAAAACGAACGUGUUACGUCUUUUCUCUUUUGUAUCACGUGAUUGCUGGUUAAUAAAUACUGUGGUUUUCUGUGGCGCCCAGUCAUAUGAUCUGAUAGUUUGGUGAAAUAUCUCCAUCAUCCCCUUCCCCUUCCUGAUGUUGUCUGGGGCUCUUAAGGAGGCUUUUUAUGACCAUGGCUCCCCACAGCUAGCCCACAAAAAUGUAUUGGAGAGAUUCAGUAUGCGUGCAUGUUUAAUCCAUCCUCCUCUUCCUGUUGAAAGUAACUCCUAAAGAAAGUGUGGUCAUGUAAAAUUACAUGCAUUGACUUUGAAUCUCUCUCUGCAGGAGGUUUUGUUGAAUCUCAGUGCUUUCUUUUACUUAUGUUUCCUAAACCCUCAUUAUAAAUGUUCAAAGAGGGUUUGGAGUAAAAUCACAGCUCUGUUUGCUUGCUGAGCCACUUAGUUCCAGACUCAAAGCUGAUUUGUUCCCUACAGCGCUUUAUUUUACACCAACGUGGAUAGUCAUCGACACAGCUGCAGCAGAGGCAGGGCACUGCUGUGUGGAUGUAUUUUCAGAGUAUCUGAGAGUUCAUCUCUAAUCCCCAUUUAUGGCAGCAGCGGAUCUUACCGCCCUUCCCCCACGCUGUGUGGCUCACAUUCAAUUUGUUUUCAACCACUUUUCUCUGUGAAUCAUUCCCCUCUGUGAAGAGAUUUUUGCACAGAAUGUGAAAAAUACUAAACUGUUGUCUAAUGUGUGCUUUUGUGUAAAGUUUUCUCAUGAAGAAAUUUUGUUUGAAUUGUUUAAUGAUGCUAAACUUCACUGUUCCUAAAUGCAUCCAUAUAAUCAUAAAAGCAGGUUAUUUCUCACCUUUGUUUCUUAUGGUGCUUUGGCAAAACCCGCCAAUUGAUUAAAAAAUUAAACACUCUGUAUUUUCAUCAGUA